AUGGGAAAGGACAAGGCACAGAAUGUCGUACUCGUCUCUGUUGAGGGUGAGAGGUUCACUGUCGAGCGGAAAAUCGCCGAAAGGUCUCUUUUAUUGAAGAACUACUUGAAUGACAUGCAAGACAACGGCUUGCAAAGCGAUGGGAGUGACUCGGAAGAGGAGGAGGAUGCUGAUGACGAGGAUGGUGAUGACGAAAUCGUAAUGCCGGUGCCCAACGUAAGGUCAUCAGUGCUACAAAAGGUCAUCGAAUGGGCCGAACAUCAUAAAGACUCCAACUUCCCAGACGAGAACGAUGACGAUGCACGCAAAACUGCACCAGCUGACCCUUGGGACCGCGAGUUUCUCAAAGUCGAUCAAGAAAUGCUUUACGAGAUCAUGCAAGCUGCAAAUUAUCUCAAUAUAAAGCCUUUGCUGGACGCUGGAUGCAAAGUUGUCGCUGAAAUGAUUCGCGGAAGAACUCCUGAGGAAAUUAGAAGGACCUUCAACAUUGUCAACGACUUCACGCCCGAAGAGGAAGCCGCUAUAAGGCGUGAAAACGAAUGGGCCGAGGAUCGCUAA